AUGAAAAAUUCAUCGGAGAAUGUUUAUCUGUUGUUAUUGUCUUUUCGUCAGCCUACGCUUACAUGCUUCAUGUUCAUCACUUUUAGUUUUAAGACCAUCCAACACUUCAAACAUAAUAAUGGGUCAGGAAAAUGCCCCGAACUAACCUGUCCCCCAAAUAAUUGCCCCAUAUCUGGCCGCCUCAGGAACCCCAACAAUUGUGAGACGUGCAAUUGUAAGGACCCAUGCGCCGAGCUGGCCUGUCCCGAAGAGACUGAAUGUAUUACAGCAUAUGACUCUGGACAAGGUUCAAUUCACAUGUGCUUCGGUUUGCAUGAAGCCGCUGCCUGAAACGGACUAUCCGUCAGAAAGAUAAAACCAUUAAUAAUAUUUUAAUUAAUUUUAAUAUUUUACCAAUAAUUAUGCGCGAUAAUUAAAUACUAUAUUAUAAUUAUUAUUAUUUAUGUUAUGGCUAUGAUUCUUAAUUUUAAGAUGUUAUUAUUAUAGAAAAAUUAUUAGCGACCAUUACGUUGGUGUGUGGUUAAAUUAAAAUUACCUAAUUUUGGAAAAAA